AUGUCCAGCAAAAUCAUCAUCAUUGGCACUGGAUUUGCCGGUGUCUGGAGCGCUCUCUCAGCCAAGCGUCUAAUCGACCUGACCCGCGAAGAUGUCGACAUUGAGGUUAUCGUCAUCUCUCCUGAGCCGUCUAUGGUCAUUCGUCCUCGACUCUACGAAACCAACGCUUCUGAUAUGGUCCAUUCUCUCGCACCAAUGUUCGAAAGUGCAGGUAUCAAAUUCAUCCAAGGUACUGUGAGUACCAUCGUUACCGAGACACGCACCGUGUCCGUCCAAUCAGCCUCCGGCCCAGAUUCAAGCAUUGGCUACGACCGCCUCAUCAUAGCGGCAGGCAGCUCUGUCGUACGACCUCGGGGUAUAGCCGGGAUCGAGCAACAUGCUUUCGAUAUAGAUUCUUUAAAGUCAGCCAUCAAGCUUGAAGAGCAUAUCCAGAACCUUCCUUCCCUUCCAGCAACAUCUGCUCGCGACACUGUCGUUGUGUGCGGCGCUGGCUUUACGGGUAUCGAGCUCGCAACCGAGCUGUCCGCGCGUCUUGCUCGAAUGCCCAAUCAUCGAAUUGUGCUGGUCGAUUCUGCCGAGCAGGUCGGACCUGAACUUGGACCGGGGCCUCGUCCUGUCAUCACGCAUGCCUUGAAGGAUCUCGGAAUAGAAGUCAAGCUCGGAUCUGCGGUUGCGGCGGUUGACGCGAACAGUGUGACACUCGCAUCAGGUGAAAGUAUUGAGAGCAAGACUGUAAUCUGGACUGCUGGCGUGAGGGCUACGCCUCUCACACAUCAGAUUGCCGGGUCAAAGGAUGGUCUCUGUCGCUUGAAGGUGGAUCAGCAUCUUCGCGUUCCUUUCGCCGGGAGGUAUUUGCCACUGGUGAUGCUGCCGCUGCUCUUGCCGAUACCAUGGGUCACUACGCAUUGA